UUUCGCAGUGUAAGCUGGGAAUUUAAUCUUACUUUGCUGCAUUUGUGAGACCAACAAUCUGGAACAUAAUUUUGUAAACAUGAUAUAAACAUAUAGUAAAUUCAUAACCAUUCAAUUAUAUUUUCAAACAACUUGUGUUAUAAGACAUAUAUUUUCCAGUCGAAUAUUGGGAUGAGGAUCGACAUGAUCAAAUUCGCCUUUUUCCUCGUUGCGCUUUGCGCGUACACUCGUGCCGAUUAUUUAGAUGAUUUCCUCAAAGGAACCUUUGCUUCCAGCGGUUGGAAUGGGACAUGGCGAUCAGAUCACGAAUUAUUUUACAAACUCGAAGAUGAUUACGUAACUUAUGAUUUUACCACGGAAGUUACUGCUGAAACGCUAAAGAAAUCAUUUCUGGAAAAAUAUAAAAAUCCAGUGGUUACUAUUUCCCCUCUCAAUGAUUUGUAUUUGAUUAGACAUGAUGAAAAUGCUGUUUUCAGACAUUCGAAAACCGCCAAAUACGCAGUUUAUGAUGGAAAAAACGUUCAAGAAAUUAAUGAAGGAAAACCUUUGCAAUUGUGCAAAUGGUCAAAUUCCAUGAAUGCGUUGGUAUAUGUAUCUGAAAAUUCCUUAUAUUACAUCAAGGAAGCCAAAAAUGUCAAAGAUGUAGUACAGGUAAUGGAAGGUAACGCUGACACGUUUAACGGAGUAGCAGAUUGGGUCUACGAGGAAGAAGUUCUCGCCAGUGGUUCUGCCGUGUGGUUUUCACCGAAUGAUAUGUUCUUGGCUUUCAUCCAAUUCACUGACAAUAAUGUAAAGGAUUUAUCUUACAUCACCUAUGGCGAUCUUACCAAUCAAUAUCCCAAUGUUAAUACCAUCAAAUAUCCAAAGGUAGCCACUCAAAACCCGAAUUUUAAGUUAAUGGUGUACGAUGUACAGAACAAAAAUAGUAAAGAGAUGAGCAUUAUCGAACAAGGAAAAUCUUCAAACGAAUUUGUUUUAUUCGGUGUUACCUGGUUCAGCAAUUCUAUAGUAACCGCAUAUAUUACCAACAGAAUCCAAAAUGAGGGCUCAUUGAAGGAAUGUGAUAUAAUGACAACUAAAUGUACAGAUAUGGAUACAUAUACCAGUGAAGAUGGUUGGUUGGAACCACACAUGCCAUUAUUUAAAGGAACAGAGAUGUUCCAGAUUAAAUACGAUAAUGAUUAUUCAAGUCUUGUUUACACCGCCAACAAAAAGUCAGUUGUUCUGACAAAAGACCAAGCUGUUACAAGAAUUCACGGCGUAUCUGGAGAUCUAGUUUACUAUUCAGGUUCACGUCCAAAGAAAUACACUGAACAACAUGUAUAUUCACGCAACUACAAAGAUGAAACCGAACCAAAUUGUUUAACAUGUGACUUGGAAGUUCCGGAAGGAAAAUGUAAAUAUGCUGACGCAUCUUUUUAUAAAGAUAUGAGUUACGCAGUUCUUACAUGCCGUGGACCAGGACCAGCUAGCAUCUACAUUUCCAAAUUAGCUGAUUCUACUCUUAUUACUUUGGAGGAAAACAAAGAAUUAAGGAAAAAAUUAUCCGCGAAACCCGAUAAAUUCAAAACGCAAGAUUUAACUAUUAAAUUAACUAAUGGAAAUGAAGCAUUUGCGAGGGUAUACGUUCCAGGUGGUGAUUCCGAAUCAGUGAAGUAUCCAGUGAUCGUUAAUGUAUAUGGAGGUCCAGGAUCGAACCAAAUCAGUGAUGCGUACUCCUUCGGUUUCGAACAGCAUUUGGUUAACCGCAAGAAGUUCGUAUAUGUCCUGAUCGAUGCUAGCGGUAGUGGUCGAAGAGGCAACACUAACCAGUUCAGGAUUUACAAGAAAUUAGGAACUUUGGAAAUUGAAGAUCAGAUUGAAGCUACCAAGAAAUUGCUGUCUCAAUUAAGUUUCGUUGAUCCCGAGAAUGUGUGCAUUUGGGGAUGGAGUUACGGAGGUUUUGCUACCGCUUGGGCUUUGGCUAAAGACAAGGAUCAUAAAAUUUUCAAGUGCGGUGUUUCUGUUGCGCCUGUAACCAAUUUCUUAAACUACGAUUCGAUUUACACGGAAAGAUUUAUGGGAGAGAAGAAAGACAACGAAGAUGCCUACAAAUUGACUGAUAUAACAGCUGUCGCUGAAAAGAUUAACGGAUCAGAAUUCCUUUUGGUGCACGGUAAUGCUGAUGAUAAUGUCCAUUAUCAACAUUCUAUGUUACUUGCGAAGGCAUUGGAACUCAAGAAUAUUCCGUUCCAGCAAAUGAGUUAUCCAGAUGAAAACCACAGUUUGAAGAGUGUUCUUCCACAUCUCUAUAAUACAAUUGACAACUUCUUCGAUGCUCAUUUAGUAUACAACUUUGCUUCAAGCACUCAACCCAUGUUUGCUUUAUUAUUAAGUGUGUUAGCAUUGUUCGUUUACUUGUAAUCAUUAUUACCAAUUUGUAAUCGAUAUUGUUACUUUUUCAUUAAUUAAUUC